GCAGGCGGAGGAGGGAGGGUGAUAAAUAUUGGCCCAGAAGCGAGGAGCCUGCCUGGAGCUGCCUGUGCUACAACGAGGGGCCAUCCCAGGAGGGCUCCGGCUUUGCAGAACCUGGUUUCUACGGGGCUCUUGGAGACCCAGCCGUCCAGGCGUUUCGGGACCGGCUCCUGCGGCGGCGUUGGGGAAUGGCUGGCAAGGGGCAGCGGCUCUGGGCGAGCUGGGGCUUGCUGCUGCUGCUGCAGGCAGCGCUCUGCUCUUCCCAGGGUACAUGCAACAGCCCCGACCAGUGUGCUCGGACUAAUUCUAACUGGACUAGCUUGUGGUAUGUCUGGUUGAUUCUACUGACUGUGUUCAUGCUUCUGCUAUGUGGCAUCACAGCGAGCUGUGUGAAGUUCUGCUGCCGGAAGAAGAGACCCCCAGUUCAAACCUUCCCUAGGCGCCCUUAUGAUUUGACGGUCAUCGCCAUUGAUGGUGAUAGCACUGCCCACAGCACUGUGACCUCAUACAGCUCUUUGCAGUACCCCCAGAGCACACCGCUUCCAAUUCCAUUUGGGGAUAUGGAUAGGAGCACCAUGUCUCCCCCCGCAUACAGCCUCUAUGCUCUGGAGUUGCCACCAUCCUAUGAUGAGGCCAUCAAAAUGGCAAAGCCCUACAUCGAGACAGCCUUGGUGAGCCAGAAGCUCAAUGACAUCGCUGAGCCGGUGGCACCAGAAGAGACAAUUCAGCACCAAGGUUCAUCUGGUCCUAUGGCCGGUGAACUGGAGACGCAACCAAGUUCAGAACAAUCGCAAGUUGCAGCACAACGUCAACCUCCUCUCUAACUCCUCAGUUAAGGGUGAGAGAGAUACAGCAAUGCAAGGAGCGUGAGAAAUACGAAAGAUGGUUAAAAGUUUGGUCUUGUAUGCAAGUAACCAUGGGAUGGUGUUUAAACUGAGGUCCCCAGCAAUGAUCUGUCCUGCUGUCAUGUGGGAGGAAAGUUCCCUGCAAUUGCAGUAAUCGUCUGUUGACUCUUCAAGGGUAUUAAAUGAAAUAGGAGGACAGAGUUUAAAAAUACCCUGAACGGGUGAUACAUGGCUGCUAGUUUGUGUGCUGCCAAUGGAAAAUAAUCCCUUGUACUGAUAUGGCAAUGAAAAAGGCAGGGGCAUGGUACUGUGAUAGCGAUGCCUUCGUUCGAUGCCAGAAGGACACAGUCAAUGCAUCGUUCCUAAACAAGAUGGCAUUUCUCAAAUGUGAGGCAGAAAUGAAGUCUUGAGCAAGUGCAAAUUCAAGAGCUUCUAGAGCUUGUCUCUUCUUUUGAGAAGGUUAACUGUCCAGCAAAUUGCUGAAACACGGAACUCGUUGCUACGUAACGGCGGAUGUUUUUUAAACUGCAGGAAAAUGGCAUCCAAGAAUUUGACUAUAGUUCAUGAAUUGAAAUGCACACAGUUAGUUUCCACAGUCGUGGGGAGAAACGACGCAAAAGACAUUUGUGCUAAUUAUGGGAGACCUGAAUCAUUUAAAAAAAAUCAUUUUCAAGAUGGGGGGGGGGAAGAGGGACAGAUGAGGCUUGUUGGUUUUGCUCUUGGUUUUGUCAGUUACAUUGCAAAUUAAUCUCAAAGAGAAACUUUAAACAUUUUAAUACUACCAAACCUUGUAUUCGAAGUAGAGUCAUGCUUUUUGCUGACUGAACCCAAUGGGUUUGAAAAAUUAAAUGAUCUGGUAAACACUGAAUGCCCUGUCAGCACAAAAAGCCAGUAGUACAGAUUUCAGAAAAAGAUAACGUUACAGUGCCUGGCCGCCUUAUGGAUUUUUUUAUUAUAUAUUACUGAUUUUUUUUUAAACUAAAAAUAAAAUGUUAACUUUUUAAAACAAACCAUUUGCCACUGUGAGAUCUGAGUAAACAGUGCUAAGGGUUUCAGAGAAAAGUAUCCAAUAGGAAUGUCUUCAAGGAGCAAGUAUGA